UCCCAAAGUUCAGCUGUAAACUCUUGAAAUAUUUCAGUUCAACUUUGUAAUUUACACAACUCACACCUUCCAACAUUUUGUUUUGUUUUACUUCUGAACAAAAACACAAAUUAUUAUUAUUAAUUUUUGUGUGUGCUUUCCAUUUCUGUGUACGUAAAUUACUUGAGAAACGCAAAAAAUAACGAAAAGUGUCGUCCAAAAAGUAUCAAGUUAUAUAUAUAUAUUUAAUUUCGUCGCGUUUUGUGCCAAAGCUAACGUGCGGUUUUUUUUUUCCGUAAAAAAUAUACGUGUAUAAAUAUAUUUUUUCGAGUUGUAGCUUUAAUUUAUUAAAGUAUUAUGGAUCAAAAACGUGGAAAUGCGGCGGUUACACGCCAAGGUGCCUCCAAGACGAGCGUCCACUCACGUCAUGUGGGUGGCAAUGUGGCCCGAAAAUAUGGCAGCGAGGUCAGCUUGACACCAAGUCAGGCCAAACAGAAUGCAGAGAAUCCUCGCAAGAGUCCUUUGGAUGCGCUGAGUCGCCUUAAUCAUCGCCAGGAUCCGUUUCAACGUCGCUCCGGUUUGCAGGAUGUGGACGACAAUUUUCUGGCAUCGAAUGCAUUUGUGCGUCCUUCGCGUGUGCGUCAAUCUGGCCUAGAUGGUGGCAACCAGGCGCAGGGCAAUGCUGCCGUUGCGCCAUUACGUGUGGCAGCUGGCCAGGAGCAGCAGUUGCAACAACAGCAGCAACAGUUGCCGCCACAGGGACAACAAGCAAUGCAGCCGCCAGUGGCAAACAACAUGUCGACAACACAGAUGCCACAGCAGCAACAGACGCCGGCAGCACAGCAGCAGCAACAGUUGCCGCCAGCUGCACAGCAGCAACAGCAGCAACAACCACAGCAAUAUGUGCCACCGCCGGCAGCUGGACAACCUACACGUCAUGAUCCCUAUCCCAGCGGACGCGCACAUGUGCAACAUCAGCAACAACAGCAGCAGCAGCAGUUGCAACAACAGCAACAGGCUGCCAACUUGCAACAGGCACAACAAGAGGCACAAGCUGCAGCUCCAGCUCAGCCCCAACAGCCAGCAGCGCCAAUGUCGCCACGCAAAUUCCAGCAGCAACAGCAACAACAACAACAACAAGCACAACAGGGCUACGCUGGACAACAAUCGGCUGCUGCUGGUGGCGCCCCCGCCUCCGCUGAGAUGUGCACCACUUGCCCCAAUUGCCAAACCACCAUUUAUUUGGUGCGCUCUCCCGAAAUGGGGCAUGGCGAUGGUGGCAUGCCGCUGCAGUAAAAACAACCAAAAUUAUCAAACGAAAUUCUAUACAAAACCAAAGAAAAAAUGAUGAAGAAAUCCUCGCUAGCAAAUUUCUUGGCAUGCUAAAUUCAACGAACCACCGAAAAAUUGAUGUUUUCAAUACUCGAAUUCUGGGUGUGUGUGUGUAUAUUUAUGGUGUAUCAUUUCACUCUGUGUAAUAACCAUUAAUAAUGUAUACUAAAUUUGUCGUACUUGAAAGAAAAAAACUAAAAUCGGCAACACACUUCCCAAAAAAUUCUACAUCAAUAAAAGAACUCGAAAUCGAUA